AUGGUACCCACGGGUAAAGUAGGACCGAUAACUCCGAAAAAAGUAAUUCCAGAAGUUUUACCAUCGAAACCUUAUCGGGAACCGGCACAGGUUUGGGAAAGAGUCGACGAAGGACCCAAUCCGUACAAACCACCCGUUUAUAAAUACACUCUAUUAGAUUUUGCAAGGAAAUAUGGUAGGAAAACUUUAAUUCCGCCACCGGAAGACGAAUAUUAUAAAGUGAAUAUUAAAAUUUUUUAUUUGUUUUUUUUUUUUUUUUAUAUGUUAUAUAUUAUUUAUUUUUUCUUUUCCAGGCACCACCAAGAGUGA